AAAUAUUUAUAACUGAACUUUGUCACCUGUAUGAAUGUGUUGCAAAUAUUUCUCAAUUGUUCUUUAUCUAGUAAUUAGAAGUUAAACUGGUAAGAUAACUUGUAUCACCUUAUGGGCAAUAACUCCAAUAUGGUAAUUAACCUAUUUUCCUUAUAAUUUGAGGACGAAGCUGGACUGCGUAAUUGAACCAAAGAUAUCGCCAAAGAUGCAUAGUAGCCAAUAGUGUUCUCCUCUGGGCGGCGAUAGCGUGAAGGUUGAUUGAGAGCUCGCUAGACCCAAAACUGUUUUGGGUGGCAGUAGGCAGUGGUGUCAAGCACUCAACGUGUGCGAAAACGGAGAUAAGUAAUUACUCUGUAAAUGGAACUCACUCUUAAUGGCGGAAAUGUGGAAACGGAAGAAAAUUCCAAGAUGCUUAUAAGUUCACUACGGAUGUUGAAGAUUUGAAUGUCUCUCGGAGUAAAAUGAUAGUGCUUGUGCGGACAUACUCUUAUCACGACAGACCUGUGAAAUGCUUUACAUAGACCAGCCUCGUGAUUGACCAGUACAGUCCUCAACUAAUAAGCCGCAGAAGAACAACAUUUUCCUGUCCUGGGGAGAACUAACGAGUUGGACAUAACAAAACCGGGGAACCCUGACACCUUGUAUGCCCGUCGCCAGAUGCCUGGCUAAUGAACCAUCCUAACAAGAUCUCCAGGCAAACGUGAUCACGGCCAACAAGACCCGCGUAAAAUCGGUGCAAUGAGAUGAGGCUCAGAAAUGGAACGGUUGCCACUGUGAUAAUUUUCUUCACGUCUUUCCUUAGCCUAUCUUGGUACACAGCGUGGCAGAAUGGCAAAGAGAAGUUAGUGGCGUACCAGCGGGAGUUCCAUGCUCUGCGGGAGCGGCUGCGUGUGGCGGAGCAGCGCACCCUGCAGCGCUCCUCCGAGCUCAACAACAUUCUGGAGCAGUUCAGACGCGCCAUCGCUGAGACCAAUGGCAGUAAGGACGCCCUCGCCAACUUCUCAGAUGAGACUCAGAAGCUGCUUAAGGAGCUGUCCAACAGGAAACCUCUGCAGGUGCCAAACAUCUACCACCACAUGCCCCACCUGCUCAACAAUGAGGGCAGCCUGCACCCUGCUGUCCAGGUGGGCCAGGGACGCACGGGAGUGUCCAUGGUGAUGGGGAUUCCCACGGUGAAGAGGAAGGUGAAGUCGUACCUGGCAGAGACCCUGCGCUCGCUGGUGGACAAGUUGUCGCCCGAGGAGAAGCUGGACUGUGUCAUCAUUGUCUUCGUGGGAGAGAUGGACAUCGAUUAUGUACACAGUGUGGUCACCGGCCUCGAGAAAGAGUUUGCAACGGAGUUGAACUCAGGCCUUCUAGAGGUCAUCUCCCCUCCUGCCAGCUACUACCCCGACUUCAACAACCUCAAGGAGACCUUUGGUGACUCCAAGGAGAGAGUCAGAUGGCGGACCAAACAGAACCUGGACUACUCCUUCCUCAUGAUGUAUGCUGUAAACAAAGGGGUCUAUUACGUGCAGCUAGAGGAUGACAUAGUAGCCAAGCCCAACUACUUUGCCACCAUGAAGAACUUUGCCCUACAGCUGGCUUCUGAGGACUGGAUGAUCCUGGAGUUCUCUCAGCUGGGCUUCAUCGGUAAGAUGUUCCAGGCUCCUGACUUAAAUCUGAUUGUGGAGUUCAUCUUCAUGUUCUAUAAGGAGAAACCCAUUGACUGGCUGCUGGACCACAUCCUGUGGGUCAAAGUGUGCAACCCAGAGAAAGAUGCAAAACACUGCGAGCGGCAGAAGUCUGGGCUGCGUGUGCGCUUCAGGCCGUCGCUCUUCCAGCACGUCGGUCUGCACUCCUCCCUCGCUGGAAAGAUUCAGAAGCUCACGGAUAAGGACUUCCUGAAGCCGCUGCUACAUAAGAUCCACGUGAACCCGCCGGCCGAGGUGUCCACGUCUCUGAAAGUGUACCAGGGCCACACGCUGGAGAAGACAUACAUGGGCGAGGACUUCUUCUGGGCGAUCAAUCCUUCCGCCGGUGACUACGUGCUCUUCAAGUUCGACCGAGCCGUCAGCAUUGAGAGGUUCCUUUUCCGCAGCGGCAACCAAGAGCACCCCGGAGACAAGCUUGAGAACACCACAGUAGAGAUCCUCCCUCUGAUGGAAACGGGAUUACAGACCAAAGAGAAAUACAAACGAACUGAGGAUCGCUUCUAUAGAGUGGCUAAUUUUGAGAAGGGUGUGGCUGAGGCAGCAGUAGAUCCAGCCUUCAAUCCAAUUGUGGCUCUGCGCUUGAUGGUCCUCAAGGACUCCCCCGUUUGGGCCAUCCUAAGCGAGAUGCACAUUAAACGAGUGGCUGGAUAACUGCCUGUAGGACCCCCCUGGUGGCAGUGGUUGAUACCUCCUGUAGCCUCAGCUGUGCUGUGCUGUGUCAAGAGAGGGUCUCCCUGGUGCCACAGCCGAAGAAAAUAAGAAAAUGAAAUAUCGACAGUAGUUUGGCAAUAGCACGUUGGCUUGGACGUCGCCACUGUCUCCCCAAGCAAAUGCUGGCAUCUGUCUUUCCCCUUCUCUCUUCCUCUCCUCUUCUUUCCUCUACCUCUUCCCUUUGUCUCUCUCUCCUCUAUGGUCUCUGCCUCCCUCCCUUUGUUGGUCUCCCUCCCUCUCUCUCUCUCUCUCUCCCCCAACUUCUAUUCCAUUCAUCGUCUCUCUCCCUCGUUGGAUUUCUGCCCCCAGUCUUUGAAUUCUUAUGUGAAUGUGACUACUACUGUACAGAACAGACACUUUCUCCCCCCCCCCCGAGGAAUAUUCUCAGACAUGGGCAUCCCAUGUUUUUGAAGAAUUGCGUCCAGUGCCAUCACUGAGGACAGAGGAUUUUAACAUUCAGGACUGCCUCGAUUGCUGCGACUUAAGAGUUGGAGACGUGUGUCCUGGAUACACGUGCACACACACACACACACACACACACACACACACACACACACACACACACACCAACAUACUUGUUGCACCUGUUGUUUUUGUUUGUUUUUCUUAAGGGGAUAUUGCACUGUUGUCGGAUUGGCAGACAGCCCCUUCCUGAAUAAGAAUGUUUUUAUCAGUUUUUUGAUGGACACGGACAAAAAGAGUUUGUAUACUUUUUGAUCUUACACGUGGUCGUGUUCCACAGCCUGAGGGCAUAACCCCCCCAAAGUAUGCCAUGUGUGUUAGUAAUGCCACAUCAGCCAGUGGCAGACACUCCAGUGAACAUUUCUAUUCAGAUUUGUUCUUUCUAAAGGUAAAUUAAGUGACAUUUACGAAGCUCCCAUCCCAGUGAAGCCUGUCUAUGGCAGAAUUUUGCCAAAAUGUUUCUUGAGGUAAACUUCUAAUGAUAAAGAAACUGCAUAUAUCUCAAACCACUUCCUGUCAAACAGGAACUCGUUCGCGACCUCUAGUGUCCUUCACGAAAACCAAUCAAACAUGGCCUUUUGCCCCACCCCCCUUCAAAGGGAUACAUGACGGUUACGUCUCCUUAUCAUUAUUAAUACUAUGACGAUCUAUGAAGGUGACUUUUAAUUUAUUUGAAAUAAAUCUUUAAUUUGUACAAGAAGAGAAAAAAAAACAUUUUAUUUUUUACUCUGUAAGAUAAGUCUAUGAAGCGCUUUGAGAGAAAACAAACAAACAAAGCUCGAUUGUUCCUGUAAAGUUUUUAUUGUUACUGGUUUUGUUUUUUGUUUUUGUUUUGUGGAACAUGAAGAAAAGAGUCCUGUAUAGCUGCUGUUGUCCAUGUCUGCUUUGGUUCUGGUCUCUGCCUGCACAAUGCUGUGGCGUGCAGGUCCUCUACCUGUGUGCCUUAUUAUUGUCCAACACCCCGACCCACCCCACCCCACCCCCGAGCUCUGGGGCUCUGCAGCAGAACUGCUUCUGGGAGAUGAACGGAGACCCUGCUGGCAUCCAGAAAUAACUAUGUGCAGGACCCCUGUUCACUUCAUAGGUGUAGGCUUGUAGGCAAGGCAUUCAUGAUUGUUUCACCCAGUGGGGGGGGGGGGGGUGGGCAAAAGGGGUUGUCCCAUAGCGGGGUGUCUGUGUAGGCCGUCGUUGACUACUUCUACAGGAGCUCAGGGUUCCACACAGCAUCUUUUCAAUCCCCAGUGGUCAUUUUUCUGUAUUAUUGUUUCAGAUCGAAAACAUUCAUGUGUCUGCAUUUCUGUCUUCUCAUUAUGAGGAUUUGUCAAAAAAAAAAAAAGCCCAAUGUUUCUAUCAGUGCACGUUGAAGAGGUAAUUGCAAAGUUUUUGCCAUGUAGGAAGGCAUUGUGGGAAGCCAUCAGGCACUUGCAACAGUCAUGUGGUUGGAAUGGAUAAGAUGGAGAGAUAGCGAUGUAGAAAAGCACUCUGAUCAACGUGGGUCUACUCUGGUAUUCAAACACAACGGCCUGAUUGAAUGACUUCAUUGUUGCAGCUGGCAGUUUAAUCUAAUCUCUGCCCCUGAAACAGAAAUUGCAGGGCACAUUUGUCCUUGGUUCGGCGAAGGUUUUCGGCAUCCAUCUAACCUAAUGUUACCAGUGUCAUUUGAUAUCAACCGCUCUGUGAAGCUUGGAGGAAGAUCUGUUGAAUUUCACAUGCAGCAUAUGUUUGGUACAUGCUAAAAAGCUGUAGCUGUUUGUGCCAGAUUUUGUGAUAGGAUUUGCCUUUCAGUGUCAAGGUGUUGCAUACACUUAAAACACUGUCAGGUUGCCCCAGAGAUUUCACAGCCCCAUUGUGGUGUAUUUUAGGCCCCAUUGUGCUUUGUCAAUCAGCUGGCUGUAAUACAAAGGUGAAGUGACUACUGUACAUAUAUCACAAGUGCUCUCAUCUCAUUUGAUUGUACAUACUUGGUUAAACUAAAUGGAUCUGUAGUGGAGACAUCAGCUGUACCUGAUCAAUCUUGUCAUUAUGUAAACAUAUCCAUUUCAGAACAUGACUCAUAGCACUGUCAUUCAUCAAGCGAGAUAAGGUGUGUGUGUUCUGUAAUAUAUGCCACCUACUAAUGAAAAGAUGACUGGGUUGGGUUUGACUUAGGAAGGUCUUACACCUGAAAGCAUAAUGGCCCUUUUGGUCUGCAUUGAAAUUUGACCUGUUAAUGACUAAAUGCAAGCAAAUUGAAGACCGUGGUCAAGUUUGAAAUGCUAUUUUAUUUUCUACAGUUUAUUGUCCUCCUAUAGUAGUAUUGUAAACAUUUGACACAGUUGAGAAGGAAUGAUGUUCAAUUUACCUAUGCCUUUUGAAAUCUGUCCCCUGAAAUCAGUUUUUAAAUAAUAGCUUUAUAGUUUACUGUUAAUCAGGAGCCUUGCCAAGUGCAGUCAAAUGCUUCUUUGCUGUGUCAAGUGUGUUUAAACACAAAGCUAUGUUUAAUGUGAAAUUACUAUUGAAUCGGACUGGUCACUUCAGAUCACGAAUGUCUAGUGUGAGAUGUGUGGCCUCUUUGGGCGCAGUUCACCCAAGGACAGAUUUCAUUCCCUUUAGUCAAAUCUAAUCCAGUGCACUCUUUGUUUCCCAACCAAAGACAGGUGAAAAAGUAGGGGCAUGUCCCUUAACCAUCCCCAGUCAUGACACUCUUCCUGCCUGUCAUGUGCCUUCAUCUGUGCAUUGUUACUUUUUAUGACAUUGACGUUGAUUUGCAUUGACAUUGCUGAAAUAAAUGUCUUCAGCUAAUGCACAA